CCAAAAUAUUGCUGAACAGUCGUUACAGGUAAAUGGCAGAAAAUCUGUAAAAAACAAAUUUUGGGACAUUUUUCAAUAUGCUACCAAGAUAUUACAUAUUCGAGAAAAGAUUUCUUGCAAAAAAAGUUUUACAAUAUUAAUUUACCGAGCUGUUUACAUGAUGAAACUGAACAUUGUUUUCCAACUUCGAUUUCCGCCAUUUUGGUUUCAAAGUACGCGGGCUCGUAUAGAACUUGGUCGGGGGGGGGGGAGGAGAGUAGAAUAUUAUUGAUGAUCGAUUAUUGAUUCAAAGUAUUCUGAAAUGUUUGUUCCAUGUGCGAAAGAAAACGACGUUAUUUUUGAAGGAUAUUCGUUAAUUCUGGUAAGUUUUUUAUUUUACAACUAUUACUUGUACAUAGGCACUACAGUGUCAAUUUAUUGAUCAAUCACUGAGGAUCUGUUUGUGUUUAUAUAUAGUCGGCCAUUUGGCCCGGCUUGACUCUUGAGGGCAUGUAGUAAAACACUGACUACCGGAACACUGGAACACCACCAUUUUGUUUGGGGUUAGGGUUGGGGUGGGGGUUUUGGGUGGUGUUCCGGUGGUGUUCCGGUAGUCAGUGUUUUACUACAUGCCCGGCUUGAGUGCUUGGGACAGCUUGCUUGCUAUAUUAUUAAACUUCAGAAUACCUGGCCACUUAAAAUCAAACUUUUUAACCCGCGGAUACAUGGCUAUGCGGCUAUAUGGCUACCUGCAUGACUAUGUGGCUACCUGCUAUGACCCACAGGUCCCACACCCACCUCUUCUCUAACUUUCAGCAUUGCCUUAGUUGAACCAUUGGUAAACCUGUGCUAACCCUUAAAAAAAUACCUGUGGUUCCGGUUUCAUAUCGUGAAAAUAAUUUUUUUUUAAAUAUUUUUUUCAUGGUUUUAAACUUUUUGUUUUCUUUCAGCCAGCAAUUUCCAUUGGCAAUGUCGGACAGCUGGCAAUCGAUCUGUUGAUAUAUAACCUUGACUUAAAACAAGUUGGUUACCUGUAUGAUAGUAGUAUAUUACCAUUGGUUGGCAAUGAUCCUUUCACCUCACCUAAGAUCCAACAAGGAAACCUUGUGACAAGUGCUGAAGGUACGAGACUCCGUAUAUAUGUCUGAUCGAGUCAUGCAUCGGUCCAGCAUGCCUGAUUAAACCAAAUGUUAUACAGUAAUGUUAAAUAUACCAGACAGUGGCGUAGCCAGCCUGACAAUUUAGUCCCGCUAUGCAAAUUCAGAAUUAUUAUCAUAAUAUGAUUAUUCAUUUCUUUAGAAAUUGAUUGUUUUCACAGUCAAUGAACACGAAAAUAUUUCCAUAGCGGGACUAAAUCGUCGGGCUAGCUACGCUACUGAUAAGUACCAGAGCCUGAAAUAAUUAACGGUUGGACAGCAAUUAACCUUCGUGAGAGACUUGGUUAAUUAACCAUAUAAGCUGCAUGCAAUCACUGUGUAAAAAACAUUAAAUGUAUAUAUAUAUAAAGUCGAUAUAACAAUACUGGCUAGUGUUUGGCAUUGUAAGAUGUUAUUUAUAUAUUGACUUUAUUUACCCAUUGAAGGCAUGAAAUCAAAUUGCAAUCGAAAGGAGUCCAACCAAAUUUUUAAAACUGUUAAAAAAGUGUUGGUCGGACAUUUUUCCAAGUUUGGUCGGACAUUUUUCCAGACAAAUUUUGAAUGUUAUUUUAGGCUCUGCUGUAUUGUACAUAGUCAGUACAGUACCCUCACUGACAUUCCAGCUCUCUCCUCAUUUCUAGACUUAUACCUCCCAAUCUCCAGACAUUAAUUUAAACCUCCAGAUUUUCCAUAAAGAUUGGCUUAUCAUUAAGAAAAUAUGUUUAACUUUAACAUAUUUUAGUAGAUACUCAUUCUGUAAUUUUAGUUUGAGGACCUUCCUGAAAAUCACUUCAUGUGACGGAAGCUUUCCUCAUGAAAAAUAAAUUGUAAUUAUUAUUUUUAACCCAUUAAAUGCCAGCACUCUAUCUCUCCUUGACAUUAGUCUGGCAUUAGACAGAGUAAAAUUAUAAUAAAUUAUGGUAGGGGACAUUAGGGUAUUUAGGGUGCAAUGCAACCUUUAUCAUUUUUUAAUCAAGUCUUUGUGUUAUAAAGAGACCGCAAGGAUUAUUAAGUAGGAAAAUUAAAUCAAAAUAAGUAUGAGAAAUUAAAGUUGUUAGUUUUAAUGUAAAAGGAACGAUUUGCAACAAUUAGAGAAGGACACGUCGGCUCCCUAUAACAUAUGUCAGGAAAUUCGUUCUAAACUGAAAUUUACAUUAAUUUGCUAUACAUAACCACAAACUGUUUUAUAUCUGAAACCUAACUUGAAAAAUAGACAUUAAUUAAGAUGUCCCUUUCAACCUCAAGUUUCAACUUAAAAUUUGAGUCGUUCCAGUCCUCUAACAUACAAACGAAAUGCAGUCAUAGUUAAGAAAUACAAGUCAGACCUAGCUGUUUAUCAUGGAUUUUAAAAAUUAUAUGCAAAACCUAAAAUUUAACGACAAGUCUAAAGUUUGCAAAAAUAAAAUGAUUUUGAACUGAAAAUAAAUCGAGAAUAAUGUAAGAUAUGGAAAUCAUUCAACGCUGGCGAGGGAUUCGGAACGAGUUAGUGUUUCCUUAUUUGUGACAAAGCAGAGAAGGCCUGGGUAUCAGGCUGUACAGUAUAAUAAUGUGAGUUUUUAAAGUGGGACACUAGGAGACUUCAUCAUGUGGUGGGGAAUGCUGAGAGGAAUUAUUGUUAACACAGUGUAACUAAAUUGUUCACUAUAUGUAUUGAUCUUAUGUUUGGUGACAAAUACAUGUACCCGGUACCAGUACUGAAAACAUUUAGCACCAUUUGUUCACUCUCAUAAUGCACCUAUCAAUGUUAACCCCGAGGGAGGGGGGGGGGGGCGUCGGGCAAGGGGGGGGGGAUUUGACAAUUUUACAAAAAAAAAUGUUAAAUGCCACUGCCUCGGGAGAACAUUCCUGAAGUAUUUGGUUUCUGGUGCACUCUAUAUGUCAGGUGAUAGGGAAAUUACACAAAAUACAUUUGGCGGUAUAAUUUAAAAGUAUAACAAAUAUAAAGAACGUUUCAAAAUAACUUAAAAUACUCAAUAAUAAUUCAUAUACCUUGCGGCAAAUCAUGCCAGCCAUAUUAUGUCACGUGAAGUGAGUUUACAAUAUCUGAUAAAACACUAGCCUGUGUUCCAGUCCGUUACACCACGGUUACAAUAGACUGGAACACAGGCUAAUAAAACAUAAUUAGUAUUCUUAUAUAAUUAUAUUGUCAGUAUUCUUAUAUAAUUGUUCGCCCUAAUUAGUAUUCUUUUGUAGUCGUAUUUUAAGUUGUGCGCCUCGCGUUUGAUAUCUGAUAAAACACACUCUUACUCGUGUUUUAAAUAGUACAUAAUGUGAACUUUUAACAUAUAAGUAUAAAUCGAUAUUAAUAUAAUUAUAAAAUGGCUUAUAAGUAUUUAUUUCUUGUCCAGAAAUCUCCAUAUUUCUUGUAAAAACAACGCGCGAGACAUUCUCGUACCCAGAGCCCUUCUUAAGCCCGUUCUCCACUAGGCGAAUUUGUUCGCACGACGCGAAGCGAAAACCGAAAUCCGGCAACGUGAUUGGUCGGCGAAAAAAUUCGCGGCGAAAAAGUAGGAUCGCUUCCUACUUUUUAUCUGUUCGCGCGAAUAAAUUCGCCUAGUGGAGAACGGGCUUUACGCGCGGUCAACCGAGCGCGACGAAGGGCUCUGAAGGGCUCUGGCCAAAUCCGUAACCGGAUUUAACCGGAUACCAUACAAAACAUGGUAUCCGGUUAAACACUGCGCAUGCUCAACGUCAAACGCGGAUAAACACAACGUCAAACAAACACCGCGGAAAAACGUCUGCGCAUGCACCAAAUUAUGAAAAUAUGGCGGGGAAUUUGAAUAUCAAUUUCUAAAACAAAAACAUGCUUAUUAAUUGGUCAAAAAUUAGUAAAACAAACGAGAAAAUAUAGCAAAUGGGUAGACUAGACAUUAAUUGAAAGCGUCCUGGCAUUUAAAGUAUGGAAUGAAAUAGAAUUCAUGUAAAAAAUUGUUGAUUUUAACGGACACGACUUCGAAACUUUUUGCAAAAUUAUUCAAAACAAAAAUUCAAACUCAAAAGUUAAGAAAACUCUCGAAAAGUUAAGCUUCUUAACCCACUCAAAUUGUAGAAUAAAUCCUAAAGUUUAAUUAUUGUGAACACGAAAUUUUUUUAUAUUUGGCGACACAGUUUUUUUUAAAGAAAUGUAUCUCAAACGAAAAUUCGGAAAUUGUCGUUGCUUAGUUGAUAAACAAAAUGUUUCAGACGAUAAAUUUGUUAACAAUCACCUUUAGUUCAUGUUCUUGUACAAUACAACUUGAACCUUCUGGCUGUAUUUAUUCCUAGUUUUUAGAAUGACAUGUUUAUUUUUGCGCUCGAAAUCUGGCUGUAAAGACGCACAAUGAAGUCACUCCUUUUUACCGCCAUUUUGAGCCUUCGGAAACGUUCGGAACAGCUUCUCAUCAAGUUCGCAAUACUAUUACAGGUAAGGUUGACGCGUGCGCAGACGUUUUUCCGCGGUGUUCGUCAAACACGGAUAAAACGGUUUUCUUGUUUGUUUCGUUUUGAAAGUUUUUCUCCAGGAAAACCCCACAAAAGCGGUAAGUUUCGCUAAUUUUAUUUAUUUAAAUCAAUUAGUAGGUAAGACGUGAUGUUCUCAAUGCAUGUUGAUAAAAAUUUAGUAUAUAUUUCCCUCCUAAACGUUGCCAAAGCAGUAAUGGCUACGGAUACGAAGACGAGACUCACGAGAGAUUGUCUCACUAUUUUAUAUUCGAUUUUAAGUCGCUGUUGUACAGAUUUUUAGACUUUUUUUGUGUUUUAUUAAAAGUCAACAGUCAUACAUAAGACAUACUAUACUGCAAAUCAUUUGAAAAUUGUAAAAAAUCGGUUUCUAGGAAGAAAAUAGUCAUCACAAUUAACUUCAUAUUCUGGCUGGCUUUAAUAUUUUCUCUUCAGAUUGCACGUCAGCUUUGAACAUGUAACAGGGAUUUGUUUGAUUAACAUCACUGAUUUGGAAAUACGACGAGCAUCUGCCAUAAAAUAUGCUGAUUUUUUGCUAUGAGAACAUCACGUCUCAAUCUAUUAAUUUCAAUCAACUAAUUGAUUUAAAUAAAUAAAAUUAGCGACAUCUACCGCUUUUGUGGGCGAUUAUCAACAACAACAACCUUCCUAACUGCUUCGUACUGCUGUUCUUUCAACUUUAAUAAUGUCUUUUCUCCCAAUUUUAUCCAAAACGAAACCAACGCUUUAUGGAGCGCUUGAUUUUUAUUCAUAUUUUAUACAAUAAACCAUAUAUUUAGUUGUGGCCAAUCAGAAGCCAGUUUGAUAUGGAUUUGGCCAGAGCCCCUCGUCGCGCUCGGUCGAACGCGCGUAAGAAGGGCUCUGGGUACGAGAAUGCGCGCGAGACAGCGAGCGAUAAACUAGUGCCCAGUCUUCAGUUUGUUCCUGACUCUUCCACAGUCCCUCGUUACAUUUUAGUGCGGGAGAAUAUGCCCGUUCGCGGGUUAGGCGGUGACAGCUACAACGCGGGCGAUUGAGGACGAGUCAGAGUUUGUUCUAAAAUUGGCUCAGGUUUCUUCAGUAUAUCGUCUGAGAUCAGUGUUAAUCUGUCAAAAAUCCCCACCUUCGGGCCACUUAGAAAAAAAGUGUCAGUCCAAAUCCCGACCCAUGGGACCACCUGCUUGAUCAAAUCCCCCUUGCCCGACCCUCAGGGUUAACAUUGAUAGAUGCAUAAUUGUCAAUGCAUUUGAAAUCGACAACCACGUGUAGCACGAUAUAAAAUACAAUCACUGAAACCUUACCUACAUGUAUACAAUGUUCAAGAAAGAAAACAGAAGCAAAGUCAAAAUUUAAGUUAUUCACUUCAUUUCAAUGUUUCUACUUUUAAUUAUUGUUUUCUCCGACUGAAAUAUAUAGAUUUAAAGUUUCAUUGUUCGUUCAAACCAGAGUAGUGAGCGAAACAUGAUUGAAAUAUAUACAUUGAAAUUGAACCCUAAGACGAAUUAAAAUGCAAAAUCAAAUGUUCUAUGAUGGUACUGUGCUUAAAAGACCUAAUAGUUUGACAUUAUUAUAUACGUGUACAUGAUCUAGUAUGUUCAAUUCCGAAGGAUACAUUGUGCUAAACCUAUUAAUAUUACCUAUCUACAUUGGUUUGUUUAAUCCAUAGAAAUAAUAGACAUAGGCCUAAUAUUUCUAUGGUUUAAUCUUAAACUGACUAGUACAUUAUUUUGGGCUGCCAGGAAAUGUUUAACAAAAUAUCUUCCCAGGAAAUUUUCUUACACCUUGCAGGAAAUGUUUGCCAUCUUAUAUACAGGAAUGCCGUAAUGUAUAAUUUACUAAUUGUUGUUUGAAAACUCCAAAUUAAGCAUUUUGCAAGUCGAGAUGUGUGGCAUCAUAGUCCACACGUUCUGUGAAAUUUACAUAAGAUUUUAUAAUUGACUUACACAGGAAAUUUUAAUUUUUGAAUUUUGCUGCCAGGAAGAUAUUUUCUAGCUGUACAUGCAUGUACUGUAUGGUGCACAGCUAGUAAUUUAAUUGUGUUUUUUUAUUCUUGCUGCUAUACCCAUGUUCUUCAGUCACUCAUUUUCGGAUUUUCCCCAAGUAUUUUGUGCAGGAAAAUGUCUAUUGUUGCAUUAUCGUCAUACAGAUUUCUGAGGCCGUAUUUAUUUACACAUAAUGUAAAGUAUCUCCUUAAAUAAAGGUGAUACUUUCUCCCACCACAACAGCAACAGGACCACUUGGAUGAGAUGUGAUGAAUGGGCACCAUGUCGCAUCCGUCUUCUUGCAAAAAAACGGCGAGGUCUCCACUUCGCAUGUCUCAGUGUAGCAAACAAGAUAAUAUGAACGACGGUUAUCCUCGACAUCGGUUAAGACAAUUAUUUUACGAAUGAUAUAGUGAAAUACCGUCCCACAGACCUCGUGCCCUUCUGGUAGUUUUAUUGUCGACUUCAGAUUUCCUUCCUCGGAGUAGAAGUUAACAGCCGUCCUAUCACUUGAUGAUGAUAUGAUUUCAGCUGUAUUUGAAGUAGCCAACCUGGUUACGCCAAUGAUGUGUCGAUCAAACGUGUGUUCUAAUUGUCCCACAGGGUUCGUAUAGCGGUCUUUGAAAUCCUUGAAAGUCUUUAAAUUGGAAUGCAGGUCUUUGAGGUCUUUGAAAAGUCUUUAAAUUGUGUGAAAAAGCGAAGAAAGUCUUUAAAAGUCUUUAAAUUCUUUAGUGAGGAAUUGAUUAUACGAUUUCCUAGCUAAUAAAAUAGAUUGAUUGAAUCAAGAUUUUCGGAAAUAUCGACGAAAAUGCGCAUUUUAGGAUGUGAUUUGACGGGACUAAUUACUGGGUAAAAAUGGUGCUUACACCGCAAUUUUUCGACAGCUGAUUGCUCUCAAAGGUCUUUGAAAAGUAUUUGAAAAUAGGCAGAAAAAAUCUUUGAAAGUCUUUGAAUUUUUUUGGUCCUGGAGACUACGAACCCUGCCCACAUUGUCACAGACAUAGACAUUGGAAUCACCGUCUUUGAUCAUGAUGAUGUUAUUGUUCCUCAUGUUUAUAGUGAUCCUCACCGCACGGAUAUAUGGGUGUGUAACCUGAAAGAAAUCAAAUCUGCACUCGUGUUUUACAUUAUAAUUUUCAUCCAACACAUUCAGCAAGUAACUGUCCACGUCGCUAUUUUCUGUAGGUGUCUUAAGCCAUCUAACAACAUAAACGUUGUUAUUCUUAUCAACAGCGAGUCCAGCGAUACCUUGGUCGAUAACUUGUCCAGAAUCUGGUAAUUUAACCACCUUGCUUUCUGCUGCAGUUCUCGAAAUCACCUUGAUGUUGUGUCCCGAAAGCUCUCCAACAACCACAUUCCCAUGACUGUCCACAGCAGAUAAACGCGGAUAUAUUUUGCAAUCAAGUAUAAGCUGCUUGGGAGGUUGACUCAAUUCAUCGCCCAUAGACCUUCUUGUCGAAACCUCCUGCCAAUCUAACAUUGGGUUAAAACUGCGAUCAACGAGUUCAAUGCCAGGCCAUGUUGGCCAGCUGUCAGUAAGUGUGCGACUGAAUUUGAAUUUAAGAUUAAACAAAACAUAGUUGAUCAGCAUCACAGAUUUUACGUUCUCUACUCGUUCCGCUUUACCCAACAACGACUUGACACCGCCAUUGAGAUAAACGUAGAAAAUCUCACGGAUAGCUGGUAAGCUAUGUAGAUCUUGAAGAAACGACAAACACCCUGUGAUGGCGGUUUGAGGACUAUCGAGCCAUUCCAGUAUCUCAGAAACAACACGUAGUUUGGCGGCGAAAAUUCUAUCGUAAAUAUUUAAUGCCUCGUUGCAGAAAGCAUAGGUUGCGCUCUUACGGGCUUCCUCGAAUCUUUUCUUAGCGGAUUCAAACUCUUUAUCUGAGUAGACUUUCAUCUUUCCUAUGGCGUGCGAAAGUUCUAAGGCUUCGCUCAAGAUCCCAGACUCGACACCGCUCGACAUUCUUGAUGUUUCACCACGGUCGUGUUGAGUUGGGUCCAUCAAAACUUUCUGCUCCAGCUUAGAUUUAUCAAGAGAAACGUAGAGUAAAUCUAUUCCUUCUUUCAGGAAUCGGGAACUGCUGAGUAAAUUUGCACGGGAAAGACCAUCAAGUUUCGUCUUGAUGUCGUUCAGUUCUCUCACGCGAGCUCGCGUGGUACAAAUGUUUGUUUUUUGUAUUGGACAAUUUGAAUUUGAGGUACUGGCAGUUAAGCACUAUCAAUUGAGAAAAUAAGUAAUAUCACCCUUUUAACAUCAUGCCUGCAGAUUUUAUUUUUUGUGAAGGUAGCUAAUCUUUAAAAUAAUGGAGGUACAGUAAGGGGUUUAGCGAUCACCAAGCGAACAAAAACUAGUAGCGUGGGGACGAGAAUGGAUAUUGAAAUCAAACUCCAACUAACGUACGACUCUGAGAGAUCCUGCCCCAUUCGCUUUUUGAUUUGGCUGAAUUGCUUUUUUGCGGUAUGACUGUUUAAACGCCAUGCAUGUUUACAUUAAUGAUACUGUAAUGUAGCUGCAGUCCUUGUAAAUGGUUUUGGUGUUGAUUUGUAAUCCCAGAAUUCUUAAUUCAAGGUUUUGAAAGCGCAUAUUUUGGCAUUUGAGUUUGGAGCUUCUAUAGCCCUCUUAGACUAUGAAGGUAUAGCAUUGCUCCGUGGCUCCCUAACUCUAUACUACAGCCAUAAUUUUAUUUCAGUUUACAAAUGUGAUGAAAAGAAACUAGUUGUCGUCCAGUUAAGAGCACCGCUUGCAAAGGUAAUGAAUGCCAAACAUUAGAAUGAAAUAUAAUUAAUUAAUUAAAUAGAUCAGAAUAUGAUCAUUCGACUCAAAAUAACGGCUGGUCACUGGUCAAUCACAGCGUGAUUUUAGAGAUAUUGUGGAUCCAGUCAAUGCCAAUUUGUGCAGAUUUUCUUGAUGUUUUACAGGGAAUUCUUCUUCGAAAUCAAGUGACAAUAGUAUCAAUACCAGUACAAUAGCAUAAUUAGCUAGGGUUACAAGUGCGAUAUUGUUCUCGCGCGCGCAACGCAACGGGUCGAUCAAAUUUGAUCGCGUUGCCGACGCAAGAGAAGUCGCAACACGUUCAAUUAUUUUUUUCGUCUGGUCAGACUAGUGCAAAGCCAGAGUUUUACUGUUUUAGAAAUCGAGACUAAAAUCAUGAUUUCAUGACAAUAUUUAGCGCUCUUAAUUUUAGCCACACGUUUAAAAGUUUGAUGACUGUGAAGUGUGGUUUGAUCCAUACAAACAAAAAUAUUAUGUUAGCUGACUAAUACAGUCAGCUGUAAUUUGAUAUCGUUGCUAAUCAUUUUAACUUAAAAUUGCGUUGUACAUGAUACACGUGCGAUGAUUUCUUCAUCCGUUGGUCAUCAUGACCGGCUUGUCAUGCAGGGCUCAAAAUAAUGGGAGAUAGGUCUCCGGUCAAAAUGACCGGUCAAAAUCUGUUUUUGACCGGUCAUUGAUACGCUUACACUAACAGUGAAACAAGCUGUUAGAAACUUAUUUCGAUACAUCAUAGUUUCAUGUUUUAAUUCAAUUAAGACGUCAGCAAUCACAUUGGAAGGCGUGAAAAUGUGGACCGGUGAGGGAAAAAAGUGACCGGUCAAGAGGCAUUUUUGGCCGGUCAUUGUCCGUUGACCGACCGUUAUUUUGAGCCCUAUGACAUAUGUAACUUUUAUUUCGAGCCUUGGUUUAUAUAAGACAGAAUAAUUAGGGCGGCGCAGUUUUUGAUAAACUGAAAAAACUUUGUUUUUAAAAGCCGAUUUAACCGGCUUUACCUUUGGAACAGUCGUUCGUUCAAUGUUAGGUUAAAUGUUGAAAACGGAGCUGCUACAGAGUGAAGCAGUUGUGGUAUGAACCUAAGCCUGCACUCAAAGUGUGCACUAACCCUGAAUUUUCAAACUAAAUUUGCUUGAUACGUGUUUUAGGGUUGCAGACAAAUAUUUUGUGACCGUAUUGUGAGGUGGAUUAAGGAAUGUCGCAUUAAACAAACCGUUUUGUUGACGAGUUGUAUUGCCAGCGAAAGAUUGGACUCGCAAAUUCAAAGGUAUGGUCGAGGAUGUAAAAACCACGUUUAAAGUUUGAGAUUUUCGCCUUACGGAACAAACUAUUGUACAGUUAUUUAUCAAGCAUAUCAGCUAAUUAUUCCCAAUAACAGGUAUAUAAAUAAUUCCAAGCACUGUAUAAAUCAUUUUUUAUUUCCAAGCAUGUGAGAGCUAACUGAGCUCAAUUUUGAAGGACAUAGUUCAAACCUGAUCAAGUCGGAUCAUUGAACACGGCCACGAUCGAAGGCUUAGUUUGGAGCUUAUUCAAACCCACAUUCCCUGUGGAGGAAACCAGAAUACCCGGAGAAAACCCACGACUUUCUUUACAUUAAUGUCAUGAAUCCGCAGAAAGAAUCCAAACUGCAGUUAUCCUGCGAUUGGAGAGGAAAAUCAUCUGGUGUUAGAGUAAAAUAAGACUCGUACUUCGAACAUUAACACUGUAGUUGCUUCGUUCUUCACGAAGCAAGGGAAGUUGACAGGGGAUGGAAGAUGUAUCAGGCCACGGGUCCCAGAAUUCGAGAAAUGUUCUUGAGUUCCCAGAAAAUAUUUCCCGAAGAAAGAAAAAAAAGAUGAUUGUAAAAAUUUAGAGAAAAGGAGAGAUUCAGGGGGGAAAUUCUGACCAAUAGAAAGAAUGUUACCUCUUUUGUUGGUAUGACCUCAGAAAUGCAAUUAUAAGUGCAUCCGUCUUAAUAGUGUAAAUACUGUAUAAAUGUAGUAUCAAGUAGACUAUAUAUAGAAUGAUGUAACAAAUGUUGCAUGGCAAAUGCAUUUUUUAGCCAAUUUGAGACACCUGAUUUUCUGGGGGAGCAUGUAUCCCCCUGGUAGUGGCCCCCCCCCCCUAGUUGUGUCCUUUUUUUGCGUCUAUGUUUGCCUUGGGAUCAGACCUCCGAUGCAUGUUAUCAAAAUUAGUUUUACAGUAUGUCAUAUCCCUAAGAGUAUUAUUAAGAUUGUCAGUGAACUGAAAUUAGUUUUUUGACAACUCGUUAGUGUCACACAGUUACAGUGUCCAAUUAGCCUUUCUCACGAUGACGAAUAUCCGCCAUUUUUGGGUGGCAUCUAAUUCUCGUUAACCAAUGCAGACAAUUAAAACAAUGUGAAAAGCAAUUUUUCAAAAUAAACUAACCAUUUACAAAGCAAAUUUACCAUCAUUCGUCCAAAAAAUUAUAAAAAGUCACUGUUAUGUGAUCUUAUCUCGCAGACUUCGGCUGUAAAGACACCCAAAAAUGGCGGCGGGAGAAAGGCUAAUUGUCGAUUACUUGAUUAUUGGCAGAACAUUUUCUAUGUUCUCUUGCGUUCCCAGCAACUAAAAUAUAUUUUCCACCCCUGGAAGCUACAGUAGUUGGUCCUUUCACGGUUAACCGUGGUCCUUUGAAAGGCCAUACCCUCCAGAGUUAUGAAAGAAGAGACGAAGCAAAUCAGAAAGAACUGCUGAAGAUACCAAUAAGACAGAGAAUACCUUUACUCCUUUGCUAUGAAUUUUUGGCCAAUACUAAAAUUCAUACAGUAUUUGCAAUCUUAUAGAAAUCUUAUAGAAAUCUUAGAACCACAGGGACUUAAUGGCCUUCAUUCUAUUUCUUAGUGGACCAUUUCGAUAUUUGCUAUCUCCUGAAACUCAACAUCUGAAUGAAAUAUUCCAAAAGAAUUUUAACUGGAGAUGUCUUGAAGAAAGGAAUGGUACAAAUAUUUGAUUUUAAAAGAUAUACUUUAAAACGUCUAAUGGCCUGUUCAUUUGAGCCCGAUUUCCGGGGAAUAUACCGCCUUGGUGAGACUACCUUUCGAGAUUGUAUCACAAAAAAUUGAGCAUUCCCCACUCAGGUACGGGUCUCUGUAUAUAUCAAUGUUUGUGUUUGUCAUAGGGAGGGGGGAGGGAGGUUUAACUACGUUACCCGCGAUGACUUUUAGUUGGCAUGAGCAAACCAGGAGCCCAACAAUAAUUUGGAAAAACCUAGUGCUCUCAAAGAUCUUUACACGAUUUAUUAAAUAACUUCCCUUAAGAAAUAUUAACUCCCUGCCUGCUGUAUAUGUAGUGCAAUGGUUCUCGUAAGUGUCUGUUACAUCCGAAAGCAGGGUGUGAUUCUUAGAAAUGUCUUCAUUUUGUCUUCACAUUUUCCCGUCUGAUUUCAGGUGAAGAAAGAAGCGAGUCUGAUGUUUUCUUACCUGGUGGGGGAGUAUCGAAACGAUUUUAUAAAACAUGGUAAUUGCAUGGUAAUUUUACUGCAUGUGAAUAGGUAACAAUAUUGCGCAAACGGUAUUUUCCCCUAUGGUUCCGCUUUUGUUCCCUUCUUUUCCCUUUAACCCCUAGUGAGAAUACAUACCAUCAAUAUAGAUAACAACCAGUAGCGUAGCCAGCCCGACGAUUUAGUCCCGUUAUGCAAAUAUUUUCGUGUUCAUUGACUGUGAAAACAAUAAAUUUUUAAAGAAAUGAAUAAUGAUAAUAAUUUUGAAUUUGCAUAGCGGGACUAAAUCGGCGGGCUGGCUACGCCACUGAUAACAACCAAAAUCUGUUCAAUAGUUGUAGGGAAAAUAUUCCACUGGUGACACUGCUUGUAUUCUGCGCUGAAGGAGACAAUAUACCUGAUGCUAUGAUUCUGCUCUAUUUUGUUAAUAUUUGGUUACAAAUGAAAGUUAACAAGGUAUUGGUGUUUUAAUGUUUUUUAUCCGGAGUUGGCAAAGUUUAAACAUUUUUAUUAUAUGGCAAGCAUCACUUCCGGUGAAAUGGCGGGCUGAGAAGCACUUUCAGCGUCCGUUAUUUUCCCGUAAUGGACCGGCAGUCCAUUACGUAAAAACAAACGCAUGUAUUUUAAAACAAAACAGCAAAACUAACUGAAAAUUUGAAAGUUAUAAUUUAAUUUGUUAUUAAUAAGAGAUUUGAUAAUUAAUUAAUAUCUGCGAAUGGUUUUAAUUAAGUGGAAAGGAAGGAAUACAUUGGUAAUUUUUGUUUUCUUCGACCAAAUGUGUACCACGCUACUAGUAUGCAUUUCAAAUCAUGCAUUUCUUGUUUGUUUCGAGUAUAAAUGCCACAUAAUAAACUUUUUAUUAACCUCGCUUGCUCGGUCGUUACAGAGAAAUAUCGGACCUCGGCCUUUUUGUACAAACCUGGCCCUACGGGCUCGGUCUGUACAAAAAAGACCUCGGUCCGAUAUUUCUCUGUAAAGACCUCGCGCUCGGUUAAUAAGAAGUUAUUACACAAUUAUAAGUACACCAGCGUAUGGAUUAUAGCGGUUGGGAUUAAUUUUAUGGCCGAUUAAUUUUAUUCUUUACGGACAUUUUGACCUAUUAAAUAUAAUACAGUUUCCAUUUAAAUGGAAGGUAUAUUAUUUGAUUAGUACUUCUGAAAAAAAAACAUGAUGUCAAGAGAAGUAAAUUAUUUAUGCAAAUUAUAUUCAUAAAAUAAACACGUCUAUUAAUUGUAUUUAUAAAUAAAACUUUUUCAACACUGAAAUUAUACUAAAACAAUUAGUCACCUCAGACUCGGUGAUUACAAGCCUAUAUAUUCGCCUCGCCUUCGGUGACUAAUUGUUAAUUAGUGUUACUCAAGGCUCAUUGUACCAAAAAGUAACAUUACAUCUUUAUGAUGCGUGAUUUUUCUCAACAGGCGAAAAUAAUAUUUUACAUAAACUUUUUUUAUUCUUAAUUUAUUUGUUAGCACGACGCUGCUUCUGAUAAAUUACAGAUGAACAAAGGUGAGAAUCGGUUGUCAAGCUUUUAAUAUUACACAUUUGUGUGAGACGGUUAGCGGCGCUGGCCCUAUGUCGCUCAUAUGGAAAUACAAAACAUUGGCGAUUCUGAAUACGGUUAAGUUAACAUUCUUAUUUAACGUUUGUCGUUUCGACUAACUUGCAGUCAUCCUUGGGAAUGACGCUGCUAAUUUUCAAAUAGCUAUAUACAAGAUCAAAUGACAUGUGAUAUCUUAGUUAAAGAUUACAAAUUAAGAACUACUCAGUGGUAACCGUAACUGUUCAUAUAUGAGCCCGCUUGUACUUAUAGGAAGCUUCCAAUUGAAGUAAUUUUAGUAUUUAAGUAAGUUAGCUCGUUUAGCCAGAUCCCGGCUGUGUAAACCUAG